GUGAGGGGCCGGUUGUCAGGCGGCGGUGCCGCCGGGGGGGGUGGGGGGUGUGUGUGUCCGGUGCCACCGGAGCCGCCGCCACCGGUAGAGCUGGGGCGGCCAGGCGGGCCUCGCCGCCGCCACCACCACCAACGUUUAAGCGUCCCCCUGGCAGCUCCGGGCGCCGCCCGCUGCUCCUCAUCGCCCGGUGAGACUGCAGCGGCCUGAGGAGCGCUUCCCGCCCGCCCCCCCCGCCCGCCACCGCCCGCCGGGCUCCCCGCUGGCCCGUCGCUACCGUGAUGGCCGUCAGUGGGCAGCCGGGGAAGCUCGGGUGGAUGGCCCGGCGGCGGUAGGACGUGCCGGCGGAGAGGCGGCCCAGGCAGGGUCGGGCGGCGGAGCCCCGCUGGGAGGAGGAAGGCGGUCCUGCCCUGCCCUGCCCGUCGGAGAGGCGCCGCGCUCAGCCAUGGCCGUGGCCGUCACCACUAAGACGGCGUGGAAGCUGCAAGAGAUCACGGCCCACAGCAGCAAUGUAUCCUCACUAGUCCUGGGGAAAAGUUCAGGCCGGCUGCUGGCAACUGGAGGAGAUGAUUGUCGGGUCAACAUAUGGUCAGUUAACAAGCCCAACUGCAUCAUGAGCUUGACAGGCCAUACAACGCCCAUUGAGAGCCUACAGAUCAAUACGAAUGAGGAACUCAUUGUUGCAGGGUCCCAGUCAGGGUCCAUUCGAGUUUGGGACCUGGAAGCUGCCAAAAUUCUUCGUACCUUACUCGGUCACAAAGCAAAUAUCUGCAGCCUUGAUUUCCAUCCUUUUGGAAGCUUUGUGGCAUCUGGCUCUUUGGACACAAAUAUUAAGCUCUGGGAUGUAAGAAGAAAAGGCUGUGUCUUCAGGUACAAGGGUCACACAGAAGCAGUUCGAUGUCUCCGCUUUAGUCCUGAUGGGAAAUGGUUAGCCUCUGCUGCUGAUGAUCACACUGUAAAGCUGUGGGAUCUGGCUGCUGGGAAGAUAAUGUUUGAGUUUACAGGACAUACCGGCCCAGUAACCGUUGUUGAAUUCCAUCCCAAUGAAUACCUUUUGGCUUCUGGCAGCUCUGACAGGACUGUUCGGUUCUGGGACUUGGAGAAGUUUCAAGUUGUGAGCUGUAUUGAAGAGGAGGCUACUCCUGUCAGGUGUGUGCUCUUCAACCCAGAUGGCUGCUGCUUGUAUAGUGGCUUCCAGGAUUCGCUGCGUGUGUACGGCUGGGAGCCAGAGCGCUGUUUUGAUGUGGUCUUGGUGAACUGGGGAAAAGUAGCUGACUUAUCUAUCUGCAACAACCAGCUGAUAGGCGUUUCCUUUGCACAAAGCACAGUCUCUUCCUUCGUUGUGGAUCUCAGCAGAGUCACAAAGUCGGGUUCCAUUCCUCAUGGGCUGAUCAGGGAUGAAGAGCCUCUUGUGCCGCCUACCCCCACAGGGUCCUCCCUUCGCCGCAUCUAUGACAGGCCCUCAACUAGCUGCAGCAAGCCACAAAGCAGGGUGAAGCACAACUCAGAGAGCGAGAGACGCAGUCCCAGCAGUGAAGAUGACAGGGAUGAGAAGGAAUCAAAGGCUGAGAUCCAAAACCAGGAGGAUUACAAAGAGAUCUUCCAGCCCAAGAACGCUAUCUGUCGAACUCCUCCUCGAAACAAUGAGCCCUUUCCAGCCCCUCCUGAGGAUGAGCCCGUAACUGCAAAGGAAGCAGUGAAGCCCAGCCAAGCUGCGGAUGUCCAGACCCCGUUGCCACAGCAGGAACUUCCUGAUCCGUUUCAGAGGCCACCAAUUGCCUCCUCGACUCCUUUGACCAGAACAGAGCCGUCAGUGAUUCCAGCAGCCAGGAAUGAGCCCAUUGGCCUGAAGGCCUCUGACUUUCUACCAGCUGUGAAAAACCAAAGCCAGACCGAGCUCGUGGACGAGGAAGCCAUGUCCCAGAUCAGGAAAGGCCACGAGACCAUGUGUGUGGUACUCACCAGCCGCCACAAGAAUCUGGACACCGUACGGGCUGUAUGGAGCACCGGUGACAUCAAGGGCUGCACCACAGAGUGCUGCUGGGUCCCACUUUUGAAUGGUCACAGAGAAACAUGGAGAAAACUUUCUCACAACUCUGUGGACUCUGCAGUGGCAAUCAACGAUCUGUCUGUUGUCGUGGACCUCUUGAAUAUUGUCAACCAAAAAGCGUCUCUCUGGAAGCUGGAUUUAUGUACUAUAGUCCUGCCGCAAAUAGAGAAGCUACUCCAAAGCAAAUACGAAAGUUAUGUGCAGACGGGCUGCACCUCCCUGAAACUCAUCCUCCAGAGAUUCCUGCCACUGAUCACAGACAUCCUUGCUGCACCACCUUCUGUUGGAGUGGACAUCACCAGAGAGGAAAGGCUCCAUAAAUGCAAGCUCUGCUACAAGCAGCUGAAAAACAUCAGCAACAUUGUCAAGAACAAGUCUGGGCUCAGCGGCCGCCAUGGUAGUGCCUUUCGGGAACUACAUCUCCUCAUGGCUGUCCUGGAGUGACAGCCGCCGCCUCCUCGCGUGCAAACACAGGUGGCCAAGCCCCCCUCCGCUCUUGGUCUGGCUGGAUUUCACCUCUCUCAGUGUCCAUCUUCCCCCCCGCAGCAUGAUAGGGAAGUGGAAUCUGGCUGGCCGGUUGCCUGCCCAGCCCUGGCGCCUUACGGGCUGGAUAGAGGACCUGAGGGGAGAGGCGCCUGUGCUGUGGGAGGGGACCUGGGUGGCGCAGUGCCCCGCAAAGCCCCUGUAGGGACGUGGCUUCAUCUCAGUUCAUCAUCUCGGCAUCGAGCUCUCAGCUGCUCUGUCUCUGUGUGCCAGCCUUUCCCUGUCAGGAGGCUCCGAACCCGCUGUCACCCCUCCUUCCCCUGUGCGUGCCGUCGGUUCUUGAGGACUGCGGCAUCCGCCCCGCAGAGGCUGCUGUGGGGUGGGGGGCCCUUCCCUGCAGAAGGGGCUUCAGCUGCCAUGUGGGACAUGUCCUUGUCAAACAGGAGCCAGGAUGCCAUGCCACUGUGCCUGGUGUAGUCUCGAGGACCUGUAUGGAGAGGAGGCUGUCUCUUGGCUUCGCAAAAAUCCCUGCCGGCACCCUGGGCCGCAGAAGAUUAACAUCUUCAGACUGUUGCUGGGAACUGAGGCUGGGAACCUGGAUCUGUUGAAAUAUGUGACUUAAAGAGGACUUGUCAUAUGUGUUUGCCUUUGGGGGUAAGGAUUUGGGAGGGUGGAGGAACAGAUGGACAUGGACUAAUGUCUUUCUGCAUCCACGGGACUACUCUUAGAGGUGGUUUUUUGGUUGGUUCCCCCCCCCCCAAUAAAUGUCUGUCAGAACCUUUCUGUCCCUCUUUCUUCUUUCCUGUGGGGAAAGAGAUUCCUGUUGGUGCUUCCCCUGCUCCUCCCAGCCUGUCUCCCAUUUGAUACACUGGAGCCUGUUCUCCGGGAAACUGUAAUUUAUAAUGAAUUCUAUUAAAAGAUUUGUAACUUUUCCUAAAAA